CUUCCACAGGGUAAUCUAUAUAAAGAUGGACCUUACCUUUGGUGGUCAGAAACGCAGGAAGCGGUUUGACCAACAGCAGCAGCCAUUAUGGGAAAGAUCAUCUUCUAUGAGGACAGAAACUUUGGAGGCCGUUACUAUGAGUGCAUGAGUGACUGCACUGACCUGCACUCCAUGUUUGACCGCUGCCGCUCCAUCCGGGUGGAGAGCGGCAUGUUCAUGAUCUACGACCGCCCAGGCUUCAUGGGAAACCAGUACUUCAUGAAGAGGGGAGAGUACUCUGACUACAUCAGCAUGACAGGCAUGAAUGACUGCGUAAGGUCCUGCCGCAUGAUCCCCCACAGUGACAGCUACAGGAUGAGGCUGUAUGAGCAUUUUGACAUGGGAGGUGAGAUGAUGGAGCUGACGGACGACUGCCCCAACCUCAUGGACCGUUAUCGCAUCUCCAACUUCAACUCUUGCAACGUGAUGGACGGCCACUGGCUCAUAUACGAGCAGCCAAACUACAGGGGACGUCACUACUACCUGAAGCCCGGCCAGUACAAGAGCUUCACCGACUGGAGCGGCAACAACUCUAGGGUUGGCUCCAUCAGGCGACUCAUGGAUCUCUAA